GUGUAGUUUGCGUUUUUAAACGAGGAAAUAAGUCGAAUAAUGCCUUGUGAAUUUAUCUGGUGACAGCGCUGUUAUUAGCUAAGAAUUAUAAGAGUUACGAACGACAAGACGUUUGCUUUGAUGCCUCUUUAUCACGAUUUUUGCACGUAGAGACAGAAUUUGCAUCUUAGAUAAACUUGAGUCUUCGGGUUAUUAGCAGAAGUCUGUCACAGCUGACGUGUAGAUCAGACAGCUGGGCGUGUAUGUGGAUGAGCUGUCAAAGCGCAAGGUAGCUGCACUUCAAGUAAAACUGCUUGAGAGUUUUUUUGUUGUUUGUUUUUGUUCCUCGUUCUGUGUUGAGACUCUCAACAUGGCAGCGCUCGGUGCUUUUCACUGGAUGCAAACCUGCAUGAUCCUGCUGCUCUGCCUGUCUGAACCUCUGCCUGCUGCCUCACAGAAUAAUUACUAUGAAACUCUUAAUGUGGAGCCAACAGCAACCGACAGCCAGAUAAAGAAGUCUUUCCGCAAGCUGGCCAUGAAGUACCACCCAGAUAAGAAUAAGAGCACCGAUGCAGAGAAGACUUUCAGGGAGAUUGCUGAAGCCUACACGGUGCUCUCCAACAAGGACAAAAGGAAGCUGUAUGACAGUGUGGGCCAUGAAGCUUUCCUAAAUAAUGACCCCGACGACGAGCAGGAGAUGAGCUUCUCCUUCAGUUUCUCAGACUUCUUCAGUGACUUUGAUGAUGGUCCCUUUGUGGAUGAGCUACACUUCCACUGGAGCUUUGAUCAUGGCGUGGCAGAUGAGGACGGUCAAUACGAACAUUACAGCUUUGAGGAUCCAGAGUUCAGCUUUUAUUUUGGGGAUCUCGAUGAAAAUGAGGACGUGUACCUCUAUUAGAUAUCCAGUAUCUUUUUUCCUACACCCCAUAUGACUGUUACGCUUUAAUGUAUUUUCUUUUAUUGGUAAUAAAGUGGAAACAUUUAA